GUCAGACUUCUCUAUGCAAUUAGGAUCUCUUUCACCAUUUCCCCUUGUUUCUGCUUCUCUUUCAAACCCUGGAGGCUUGAGUAAGGGGAGGGAAACAUGUGUGCCAUGGUGGUAGAGUUAACUUACAAUUGCCUACCAUUCUUUCUGCUAUGUGUUAUCUUGCUGUUCCUCUUAAGGAUGUUCUGCAACAAAGUGAACCGUGUGAGCUCAAGGCUCCCUCCUGGGUCCAUGGGGCUCCCUUAUGUGGGUGAAACCCUUCAGCUGUACUCAAAGGAUCCUAGCAUCUUCUUUGCAACUCGUCAGAAGAGGUACGGGGAGAUAUUCAAGACCCAUGUGCUGGGGUGCCCGUGCGUGGUAUUGGCGAGCCCACAGGCCGCUAAAUUCGUGCUGGUGAGUCAUGCAGAGCUCUUCAAGCCCACGUACCCGCGCACCAAGAUGGCCCUGAUCGGACCUUCUGCCUUGUUCUUCCACGACGGCAGCUACCACAUGCGGCUAAGGAAGCUGGUGCAGGGUCCCCUGCAGCCCGACGCCCUCCGCUCUCUCCUGCGCGAUGUCGAAGCCAUCGCAGACCGAGCGGUAGACACUUGGUCCCAUGGCACGGUGGUGAACACCUUCGCAGAGAUGAAGAAGUAUGCAUUUGAUGUGGGGAUUAUUUCCAUUAUUGGAAGAUUGGAUGAUGAACGCAAGGAGGAACUGAAAAGAAAUUACUGCGUGGUGGACAAGGGAUACAACUCUUUCUUCAACCGCAUUCCAGGCACAUCAUAUCACAAGGCCAUCCUGGCAAGAAGAAGACUGGGGAUGAUAUUGAGCAAGCUAAUCGAAGAGAGAAAAAUGAAAGGAGAAGUGAGGGAUGAUCUCCUGGGCAACUUAAUGAACUACAAAGCUCCAAAUGGGGAGAGCCUCAGCGUGGAAGAGAUUGCCGAUAAUGUCAUUGGGGUUCUUUUUGCUGCCCAAGAUACCACAGCUAGUGCACUGACAUGGCUCCUCAAGUACCUAUAUGAAAACCCUAAAAUUCAAGAUUUCGUACGUGCUGAGCAGAUGGCCAUACAUGAGGAGAAUGAUAGAGGGAAGAAAGGCUUGACAUGGGCACAGACCAAGAAUAUGCCUUUCACUUCAAGGGUGAUUAUGGAGACAUUGAGGAAGGCUAGCAUUUUGUCCUUCACAUACAGGGAAGCAGUACUAGAUGUGGAGUACAAAGGCUACCUCAUACCCAAAGGCUGGAAGGUACUGCCCUUAUUCAGAAACAUACACCACAACCCUGAAUUCUUUCCUGAUCCACAGAAGUUUGAUCCUUCAAGAUUUGAGGUGGCACCAAAGCCCAACACCUUCAUGCCAUUCGGUAACGGAGUCCAUUCCUGUCCAGGCAGUGAGCUUGCCAAGCUUGAGAUGCUCGUGCUUGUCCACCAUCUUGUGACCAAAUACAGGUGGGAGGUGGUGGGAUCGGAUAAUGAGGUGGAGUAUGGACCCUUCCCUGUUCCCAGGCGCGGUCUUCCAGCCAAGUUUUGGAAGGCUCACCAUGGCUGAAAGCCUAACAGCAUGCUUCGAUCUGUUUAUGCGGAAGUGCCUUCUUCUCUCCUUUUGUGGUGUUAAAAACAGCUCAAAAGUCGAUGGAGCUGAAAAUCAUUCUCAAUUGAAUUGAAAUUAUGUUGCUAUUA